GGCUUCAGUUUGAAAGAAAAGUAUAAAAAUGGUGAUUGUGUUGAUUAUUUAUGCCUUGGUCUUUUUUACAAGUCAUGGAUUGAAAUUAGGACAAGAAAUCGAAAAGGUUAACGAGUUUGCAACAAAGGAAAUGAUAGCUGAAAUGACUUCAGGAAUCACUGGUCUGGCAAGGCGGAUCCAAAACACUAAUACAAUAUGUAUUGACGAAAUCAACAGAAUUCGUAACUACGUCUGUGCUAAAUGUACUGGAAAUCCUGUCUUGCCAUCUCUGACCGAUAUAAAACAAAAUUUGAAUAGACCGGUUCCAAAGAUUUUGAAGCUCUUUUAUGCUUUGAUGGAUGCUUUAACACCCGAGGCAAUAGAGUUAGUGGGAGAACGGAAAUUCAUGAUGGAAGAAGACUUUGGAAGAAUGGCUGAUUAUCUUAAAUUAGCAACAAAACCAGAACUAGGAACACCGCUCGAAGAAUCAAAACGCAUAAGCGAAGAAAUUGAUUUAAAACUAGGGAAUGUGACUACCAACUUUCGAAAUGCAGGUGUUGUAGGAAGACGAAAAAGACAAUCUACCAUCACUAUAAUCAGAUCUUGUCCGCAGUGUGAUAGCCUGGAUGGUGUGGACAUCGAACAAUACAUUGAUAUAGUUUGUGGACCAACAGUGUUAUUAAGCAUCGACAGCAUCAUGGAACUGGCUGACCGGUAUCGACUAAUAUUUAACACAACAUUAGAUUUAAAUAAUUACGACCCAAUCAUUCAAGAGGUGGACUUUGAUGAAAAAAGUGUCAUAUAUCAACUUACACCGUAUUUCAGCGUUGUAGCUGACAUCAAAAGUUACAAAUAUAGAAUAGAGCAGACCAUCUAUACAAAGGAUUCAACACCAGUUUCUCUUCAUUUCAACAACUUGAACGAAACUGCUAAGUUUUUAGCCGGAGAAAUCAUGGAGAAACACGUUUAUGGUCCAGGCACAGGAUUUGGCUUUGCAUAAUAAUGGUUUAUGUUUCAUGUUUCUUUUAUAAAUGAUCGAAUCCAUGUAAUAUUCAGUACAUGAACAUAAUAAAGGACUAUUUCGAA